AUGCAAACAAUUAUCUUACUGUUGUUCCUUGUGUGCUUCGCCGGCGCGGAUGACAUCCCGGAUGGCGGCGCGGAUGGCAUCCUUGAUGGCGGGUGCGAGCUGCUUCAAAGAAGCAUUGGAGUAUCGGCAAUGCAUAUGCAGCUACUGCAUACUGAUCACGUGAUUGUGUUUGAUCGUACUGACUUUGGUCGUUCCAAUCUCUCCCUCCCGCGCGGCAUCUGUCGACAUGACCCGACGGAGCGGGUCUUGAAGGUGGACUGUACGGCGCACUCAGCGGAAUAUGAUGUCGUGAUGAAUUCCUUCCGUCCGCUGAUGAUCCUGACGGAUACGUGGUGCUCCUCUGGUGCCGUCGCUCCAAAUGGCACCCUCAUCCAAACUGGAGGGUGGAGUGACGGCGAGCAGGCGAUCCGGCUAUUUACCCCUUGCACGGACACGCGCUGUGAUUGGUCCGAGGAUGCCCUGGGGCUCUCAAGAAGGCGCUGGUAUGCCUCUAACCAGAUUCUUCCUGACGGGCGUGUAAUCGUAGUUGGCGGAGGAUCUCAGUUCAACUACGAGUUACUUUCUAAUGGUAAUUCAAAAAACUUCUUUUCCCUCCACUUUCUCCAAGAAACCUCUGAUCCGGAAGAGAAUAAUCUCUACCCGUUCGUCCACCUCAAUGUUGAUGGUAAGCUUUUUAUUUUUGCAAACAAUCGUGCCAUUCUUUUCGAUUAUGAAAAUCAAACGGUUGUACCAGCUCCCAUCCGGCCGCGCCUGCUGCAGCACCGUUGAUGAGAAGAACCUCACCGUUCGGCAGCAGGAGCAUAUC